AUGACGAUGCCCGAUGAGUUUGAUAUCAUUGUUUGCGGUGGUGGAAGCACUGGUUGUGUGAUUGCCGGCAGACUUGCAAACCUCGAUCACAAUCUUCAGGUUCUUCUCAUUGAAGCUGGAGAGAGCAAUCUCAACAACCCAUGGGUGUUCCGCCCAGGAGUCUACCCUAGGAACAUGAAAUUGGACAGCAAGACGGCAUCAUUCUACCAUUCCCGACCAUCAGAAUGGCUAGCCGGUCGCAGAGCUGUCGUCCCGUGCGCACAUAUUCUCGGCGGAGGCUCUUCCAUAAACUUCAUGAUGUAUACACGAGCGUCUGCUUCCGACUACGACGACUUCCAGGCCAAAGGGUGGUCUACAAAAGAGCUUAUUCCGCUGAUGAGGAAGAAUGAGACAUAUCAGCGGGCAUGCAAUAAUAGGGAUCUUCAUGGCUUUGAUGGACCCAUCAAAGUCUCGUUUGGGAACCAUACCUAUCCAAUCACUCAUGACUUCCUGCGUGCUGCCGAUUCUCAAGGAAUUCCCACGACUGAUGAUUUGCAAGAUCUUGUCACUGCCCACGGUGCAGAACACUGGCUCAAAUGGAUUAAUCGAGACACCGGUCGACGUAGCGACGCCGCACAUGCCUACGUUCACUCUACUAGAGCUGUGCAUUCAAACCUUCACCUCAUGUGCAACACAAAAGUGGACAAAAUUAUCAUCGAGAAUGGCCGAGCUGUCGGUGUACAGACUGUUCCAACAAAACCACUUCACCCAAAUCAACGUCCUCGUAUUUUCCGUGCACGAAAGCAGAUAGUCGUUUCAGGUGGUACACUCUCAUCGCCAUUAAUAUUGCAACGAAGUGGUGUCGGCGACCCAAAGAAAUUACAAAAGGCUGGUGUCAAACCUAUCAUCGACUUACCUGGCGUUGGUUUGAACUUCCAAGAUCAUUAUCUCACAUUUUCUGUCUAUCGCGCUAAACCAGGAACUGAGAGUUUUGACGACUUUGCAAGAGGUGUCCCUGAGGUCCAGAAAGCUGUUUUUGACGAAUGGAAUCUCAAGGGUACCGGACCACUUGCCACAAAUGGUAUUGAUGCGGGCGUUAAAAUCCGUCCAACCGAGGAGGAGUUGAAGGAGAUGGAGACUUGGCCAACGCCACACUUUAGGUCUGGUUGGGACAGUUAUUUUAAGAACAAAUCUGAUAAGCCAGUGAUGCAUUACUCGGUCAUUGCUGGUUGGUUCGGUGAUCAUAUGUUGAUGCCACCUGGAAACUUCUUCACGAUGUUCCACUUCCUCGAAUAUCCAUUCUCUCGUGGUGAAACUCAUAUCGUUUCUCCAGAUCCAUACGAGGCACCAGACUUCGAUGCUGGUUUCAUGAAUGAUGAGAGAGAUAUGGCACCAAUGGUUUGGGGAUACAUCAAAUCUCGUGAAACCGCUCGUCGCAUGGAUGCAUAUGCAGGAGAAGUACAGAACAUGCAUCCGUUCUACGCCUACGACUCACCAGUUCGAGCCAAAGAUAUGGACUUGCUAACCACCAACUCCUACGCUCUUCCAGGUAAUCUUACUGCUGGUAUUCAACAUGGUUCAUGGUCAAUGCCAGUAGAGUCAGGAAAACCACCACAAGUUUCCUACCUCAACAGCAACCAGCGAGACCUACAGAAAGACCUCAAAUACAGUAAGGAAGAUAUCAAACAUGUCGAGGAAUGGGUAAAGAGACAUGUAGAGACUACCUGGCAUUCCCUUGGCACAUGUUCCAUGGCACCCCGUGAAGGAAAUUCUAUCGUCAAGCACGGUGUUCUCGACGCACGCCUUAAUGUUCACGGCGUGAAGGGUCUCAAAGUCGCAGAUCUAUCCAUCUGUCCUGAUAACGUUGGGUGUAACACAUUUUCAACAGCUCUUCUCAUCGGUGAAAAGUCCUCCAUGCUCGUCGCUGAAGAUCUCGGCUAUAGUGGUAAGGUGCUCGAUAUGAGGGUGCCAAAUUAUCAUGCUCCUGGUGAAAUCAGUGCGAUUGCUACUUCUCGUCUUUGA